CUCAUUUCUCCCCACAGUUUCUCCUGCAUACGCCUGGACUACAAGGCUGUGAGUAAACUGUUACCACACUGUAGCGUUGGAGGAGAUGGGACUGGGAGCCAGCAACAACGUCAACCACCACCGUCAACAACUUUCUCCCUGCUCUGCAGUCUGUUGUGCUCUCGUGCUCGUGAGGAAAGUUUGAGACCAAAGUAGAUCCAUUGGAUCUCGUGUUGUUGAAGAGGACGCACGCUGAUACUUUUCUCACUCGCCUUCUUACUCCUACGACUCACUCCAGAACACUUUCCUUCUCGAGUGUGUGGGCUCAAGAUACAUAGACUUGUGUCACUUUCGCAGAGUUUGGCUCGUGUCUGCUCCAUAACAUUGUCUGCAAAGUAAAACGCUAGUUCGUCUCGGUGUGGGGCAUUGUGCAACUGGUUGAGUAUUUGACCAGUUUUCGGAUCUUGCAUACAGGCGGAGGAGAAAGGACAUCCAGCAUUUCUAUUUCUUCUAUUAUCAGUCGCACAAAAGUGGAUUCGUAAAGGAAAACAGCAAGCACAUAGAAAAGUCCUCAGGGAUUACCCGUAUUACACUAGAUACAUUCUCUCCUGAGAAAGUAAGCAACAGAAGCACGGCGGUCGCAGAACUUGGGAUUUAUUUUACCGUGAACUUUGUUUGGGAUACAAGAAGAAUUGCAAAUCCUGAGUAAUAAAUCCUCAAGAGCAAGUUGGAGGAACUCAUGCGAAGCUAGAUACAUAAGAAAACAAAUAAAGGACAUGUUCAAAGCCACAUCUAAAUACUUGACGACAAUGAAAGUCACCUCGAGCCUCUUCAUCCUCCUUGCCUACUUGACCUGUUGCAUUUGGGCAUGGCCUGCCGUUUCACCCUCAGUCUACAGACGAACGUCCAACGUCAACUCAAACUACAUACCUUUCACAUCCAACGUCGCAUAUGAGCCUGCAGACUACCAGCAGUUGCCACAAGAAGGCUACAACUACAACAGCCAGUGGGAUAGGGCAAAGGAACCCUUGACUUAUUAUGACCUUCUCGAUGAUUACUGGAUGAACCAACCUUCUUCCGGAGCGGAUGUGGAGGCACUCCCCAAUUUGGCAGAACUUUACGACCCUCCAAUCUGGGGACAGAUUGUAAAAGAAAAGCCCGAGUCUGAGCUUGAAGAAUUGAAAGCAGAAGAACGAGACCGAGAGGCUGAGGAGCGACAACGAGCAGCCCUGGAAGCAGCAGCAGCGCCCUAUCAAUAUUACGCCUAUGACUACAAUGGCCAUCCAGAGAAGCGAGGUGGUUCCAAAUCUCAAACCCACGCCGCCAUCUCCCAUCCUUCCGCCCCCACGACAGAAAAGAGCAUUGUCACCACCACCGCAACUUCUACCUCACGAAAACCACAGGAGACGACGAGUACUUCUGCUCCAAAAAUGGUCAAACUACUCCAUCAGCAACCAGGACAGAAAGAAGUUCCACUUUUGAGACCACCAAACAAGGCGAAAGCAAUCAAAAUGGGGCAACAACAUACUGGCGACAACGAUGAUGAGGAGGCACAUGAAACUGAGGAACCAUUGAUCGCUGUCGCUCAACGGUCUCCAGUUGAAAAGCCAUCAGCAUAUGACACACUCAGGAAAUACAUUUCCCUUGAAGACGCUCUAAAGAAGGAAGCAGAGAAACGAAGGGCGACAUCAAGAUUGCAGAAACGGGCGCCGGCAGGAACGAACCAAAUUGUUACGGACGUGGAAUCCCUAAGCGGACAAUUAACGAAUGUGAAAAAGUCACUCAUUUAAGUUCGAGACAGAUACCUUCCUUACCACCUUUUUGGGUUUAUUCUAAAUAUUUUCAAAAUGUGACAAAUUUUGAUAUUAUCAACAUGUGCUACCAAAUUUUGUAGUUUUUCAGUACGUUUAGUUUUCUAUCAUAUCGAAGGGAUUUUGUUGUAACGGAAAGAAACAUGAAUAAUUAUGUAUGAAGCGAGAGCAGUCUGUAGCACAAAGAAUGCAUCCUCUAUACCUGACAAGACAAAUACGCAAUUUUGAUCCGCCUGCAUACCCAAAACAACCAAUUUCAGCAAAACCGGAACCUGAUCAUUGAAUGCCCGAAUUCACCACGUCCUCCUUUUCUCCUCCAACAUUCGCAUAAUAGUUGAAUCUUGUUAGUAGGCAGAAUACCAAAUUAAUGAGUUUGAAGUGUGUCACUUUAUCAAUUAAAGAGAAUUCAAAGCUAAGAACCUGAAGCUGGGAGGAAAGCUUACUUUAUACAAUACAACACCUUCCAGUAAUGAGCAGCUUAUUGAAAUCAAUCGGUACUGAAGCACCAAACCUUUGUGACAAGUGACAAGGAGGUAAUUCCAUUAUUCUUUUAAAAUGACUGAUCUGAAUGUAAAAAGAACCCUAUAACUAGUGAUACGUUAUAAAUAUUAGCAAAUACGAAUGGCUGACAGCUAUCUAAUCUUUAAUAUAAUAUACAGACAUAUUUCACAUCUUAAUAAGUUGUCAUGAUUUAAAGGUACAUACAUUCAAGUAUUUAUAUAAAUAUUCUAGUUGAACAGAACCCAUCUUUUAUUCGUACGAAAUUAUUUCCGCAAAAUUGGAAAACUUCUAAAUUCCGCGUUACCAGUCUGAUGAGGACGUGAUACACAUGUGACUAGCUUUAUAUGUAGUUGUACAAUAUGCACAAUACUUUAAAGCAGUUACAACAUCUACAUAAAAAAUAUUGCUCGUUAAAUAUUUCUACUACUUUUUCCAUGUGACAACCUCUUCUUCAUUAUCAUACAUAUGAUGCCGGCCUAUUGCUAAGCAACUUGUAUUUUGAACCUUGCUUGAAUACUUAUUAAACCCAGAACUCUUUAAUUGGCAAAGAAUCCUUCAUUCCAAUAUCUUAAAUUUUGGAGGCAUCAGUUUGAUUAAAUAUUUACUAUAUGUCAAUUAUCUAUAGUUUAUAUGGAUAUUUAUAUUAAUAUAAAUCUUAAUGCAAUUUAUAACAAUCAGAUUCGGUGUAGAGGGGAAAGUCGCAUUUUAUUACAUAAUUUUAUUUGAUGGGGUUCUAUACACAUAAGUCCAACGUAUCUGUCUGUGCAGGUAGAAAAGCACACAUCAUAUCCAAAUCUAUAACUUUUUCGAGUUUUAGUCAAAGUUGGCUGUAUGCAUAUUUAAUACUAAUUGAAUGGGAAUGAAAUAAAUAUUUGUAAUAAUUAUAGGUCAAGCAAGACAGCUAAUCAAAAAAUUUCAUAUUGGUGUCUAACCAUUAAAUCAAAUCUGGUACUAAUUAAAUUCUAAUAAUCCAUUCGAAUACGGAGAUAUCUAAGACUUAUUAUAUUAACGAUAAACGGUUAAUCUGUACAUUUGUGUCAAUUUUAACAUGAAAUUACCUCAAUUAAAUAUGAAUUUAUUAAAUUAACUUUCCUAUGAUAUAAAAAAUAGUACCCAUUUCCACAUGUUGAAUUUAUUUGUUAAUUUGUAAUCUUUACUUAUGUUGUAUUCGUUUUCUAUAUGUUAUUUAAGACAAACUAUGUUAAGCUACCUCAAAUUUUACAUCCCAUCGUACAAAGUGUAAAAUAUUUAUUUUGAUGUGUAAUGUGUAAUUUUAGUGGCGUCGUAUCAAAUGACGUUAUAUAACCAUGAAAAAACUGUUGGAGACAUCCAAUGUUGGGAAGCUAUACAUAUACACCUUCCUCUUGGUAACAAGAUUUGGUAGGUCGAGCUAGUCUGUAAAAAUCGAGAGAGAUGAAUGAUGGAAAAAGGAAAAUAAAUCAAUGACAUUUCAAUCCAACUAUA